CGCCUGGAGCACGCGCGAAUACAUCCAGCCCACCCCCUGCCGCCUCCUCCUCUAUAAGACGAGACCUGCGCACCGGCACCGCCAUCUCCGUCUCCCUGUCUCACCGGUGCCGCUUCCCCUCACCCGCUCGAUUUACUGCCCAAUCCGGCCCGCUUCGCCCCGCCACGAAUUUUAAUCAACCGUUUGGAGCUUGAAUUUGAAUUCCAGCUCGAAUCACCCACCCGGCCAGCUGGGAGCGAGAGCGUUCCAGCUCGAAUCACCCAGCCCGCCAGCCGGGAGCGAGAGCGAGCUGGGUGAGCUCGAUUCGAUGCGUUGCUGAGCGUGGCUCAACCGAUUCAGGUCGGGCGGUGGCGCAGUCAGAGGGAUCUGAACCCUAGCGCCGUCCGGAUCUGUGACCCGCGCUGCUCGGCGCGUCGGCGGCAUGAGUGCCUGGAAAACGUGGCGAGGAGGAGAAGCGGCGGGGAUAUGAGCGGAGCCAGCGGCAGCGGGGACGACUUCGGGCGGGCGGUGGCGCGUGCCGCAGUGGCGCAGGCGCUGGAGGCCGCGGGGUUCGACUGCGCGCACCGCUCCGCGGUGGACGCGGUCGUCGACAUCCUCCUGCGCUACAUCACGCACCUGGGUCGGUCCGCCGCCUUCCAUGCCAACCUCGCCGGACGCGCGCUCGCCAACGAGCUUGACGUCAUCCAGGCGCUCGAGGAGGUCGGCGCCGACACGGACGGCUUCGCCGGCGCGGCGGCCACGGGCCACUGCCUCGUCAGCUCCGGCGUCGUCAGGGACCUUAUGGCGUUCGUUGACUCCAAGGACGAGGUGCCGUUCGCGCGUCCGCUGCCUAGGUUCCCCGUCCAGCGCGUGCAGCCGCAGCCCACUGCCAGCUUGGCGGUGGCGGGGCGGGAGACUGGGAUGAGGCACGUGCCGGAGUGGUUGCCCGUGUUCCCGGAUCCGCACACGUAUGUGAGUACGGAGGUGUGGGUUGAGCCACCGGCGACCAAGGACAGGGUUGACAAGGUGGAGCAGGUGCGGCAACGGAGGAAGGCUGAGAAGUCCCUGCUCAGCUUGCAGCAAAGGCUGGCUAUGGCAGGUGCGGAUGGGUUUCGUCCAGUAGCUGCUGUGGCGCAGGAUAACGCAGAGAAGGGGAAGGAGAUACAGGCAGCUGGGACAAAGAGAAACCCAUUUCUUGAGCCAGCAUUGCCGCCUGGAGAGAAGUAUGUAUCUGAGGUUGAUAUGCCUCCUGAAAAGAAGAAACCCUCUGUCCUUGAGGCAUUUGCGCCAGCUAUCCAAGCUAGAACCAUCAAAGAGUUCGAUGCUGGGGCAGGGUUGGAUCAAAAUCAAAGGAACAUCGUUCCAAAGGAGAGGGCUCGGGUGCAUCUUAAGAUUGGAUUUGGAAAGAAGCCAUUUGCUGCAGCUCUGAACUCAAGAGCCCUGGACCUGAGGGAAGAUCCUUCAUUCCUGAAAGAGGAAGCAAAGGAUGACAAGAAGCGGAGAGCAGGCAUGAUAUUAAGGGCAUCGAUGGAGAACCCACAAGAACUUCCUCAGCUCUAAAGUUAUCUAUAGAGGAAGUGCGGUACCCAGAGUGGAGUUGCAUCAUGGUGUAAUUGUGGAACUUCAGCUUCCUGAAUCUAGAGGCCAUGCAUGUCUCCGUGAUACAAUACAACCUUCCUCAGAAGCUUAACCUGCAACCCGGGGUCUCCCCCAUCCACCUAGCAUUUUCCUAGAAUCACCAGGGGCUGACAAGUUCUGCGGCGCCGUAGCUGAAGUACCAGCAUCUCACCGCUCUGAGCUUGGUUCUGGUGGUGUUUCACCUUGUGAGUUGGUUGGUUCAAACGGAGCUGAUUUGUGAAGCCGCGGUUCUGGUCUCCAGAGUCCAGACCUGGCGUCCAAAAGAAUGAUGCUCCCUGGUAGAAUUGGAGAUGUUUGUACAAAAGCUAACCUCUAGUUGUUAGACAGAAUUGAUGUAUCUGGUGGAUUACUAUACGAUGGACUCGUUUAUGACGAUUGAUUGAUUGAUUCUGACUGGUGACUUCAUGUUAUUUGUGAGUAGUUGUGGUGCUUUGUAGUUGGAGACUGGGAUCGUAAUAAGAGUGUACCAUAUGAUUCUUCCCUUUCCCGGCAUCUAACUUGAGUAAUUAUUCGAGACUGAACUUGUAAAGAUUUUAUUUUGAGUGAACUGUGAUGUGGGUCUUUAGACCUUUUUUUCCCA